UUGAGAAGUGUCACUCUGGAUGUUUGACGAGAUAAGUCGGAAAAAUAUCCCGUGGCGGAAAUAAAACUAUUUUGACCUCGAUAGUGUCUUAAUUACCGUGGAACACAGUUUAUUACGAGGAAUGAGCAGUAUAAAGUGCACUUCGAGGGAUUUGGGGUGUUGAGCGAGUGAGAGAAGACUAUAUUUAGACAGGCACCAGGCAUAGACGACUGUAUAUUUCCCAAUGGCUGAGAAUAAUUUCCCUCCUCUGCCGGAAUUUAUCCCCCUGAAACCAUGUUUUUAUCAGGAUUUUGAGGAGAUCCCAGAGCAGCACCGCAGCAUGUGCAAGAAAAUUUACUACCUCUGGAUGUUGUACAGUGUCACUCUGGUGGUGAAUUUUGUAGGCUGUAUGGCUUGGAUGUUCGGUGGCGGAGGAGUGACGAACUUCGGCAUGUCACUCAUGUGGUUAAUUCUCUUUACUCCUUGUUCCUACGUGUGUUGGUUCAGACCUGUCUACAAGGCCUUCAAGACAGACAGCUCCUUCAACUUCAUGGCGUUCUUCUUCGUCUUCAUGGCUCAGGUUGUUAUCAGCAUCUUCCAAGCCAUCGGGAUUCCGGGAUGGGGGGUCUGUGGCUGGUUAGGGACCAUUGUCUUCUUUAGCACAAACAUCUUUGCUGCCGUCAUCAUGCUCAUUCCGACGCUCAUGUUCACUGCUGUAGCAACUUUGUCCUUCAUUGCUCUCACUACGGUUCAUAACCUUUACCGGGGCACUGGAGGCAGCAUGAGUAAGGCUCAGGAAGAGUGGGCUUCUGGCGCCUGGAAAAACCCACAUGUUCAGCAGGCUGCUCAGCAAGCUGCACUCGGAGCCGUCCAAGGAGGCAUGCAGGCACAGGAUCCAUCAAACACACCCGACUACAACAAUCAGAUGUUAAUACAGAAUGAAAUAUAAGGCAAGCACAAGUGCACAGACUUGCCAAAAAGCAGGCCAAGAAUGCUGGCCUUACAGCAUUUUACAGAUAGAUCAAGACAGCUUUGGGCAGAGCUCUUCUGGAAUAAAGUGUAAAUUGGUGUAGUUAUUUUUGGAAAAAACGAGUCUGAUUUCUGGUUUUCUUUAGUUGGAAAAACUGCGAUGGUUUGUGAUUGUGUGGUUCUUUAGCUCCUUUGUAUUUGGAUAGAAAAAGCAGACAAAUUUGUAAUUGUCUCUUUCUAUGACUUCUUUGUAUGCAGAAAGCUGGGUUUUAUUAAGUCUGUGGAAAGAAUAAUACACAUUUGUCUGUGGUGACAAACAUGUAGCUUAAUGUUGUCAUUGUAAGCCUAACUUAAAAGGUCUAUUGGAUAAACUAUACAAGUUGUGAAACUAAUUCAUUAACAUUAUAGAGUAUUGAAAAAAAAAACAAAUCAGUCACUAAUUACACUGUUUUAUUGACACAAAAAUAUUAAUAAUAAGAAGAAAAAAUGCAAACAUGGCAUUGUAAUGUCAAAUAACAUGCACAAUCUAAACUUUUUUUUUUUUUUUUACUAAAUUCACUGUAUAUUUUAACUAUUUAUUCAUUUACUUGUUAAAUACAAAAUGGAAUGUCAUUGCACUCGUAUUCUUGUUGUGGUUUGGUUCAUCCUUUUCAGUUACACAUUACAUAAUAUAUAACUAACUCACAUUAUCAUGUAAUAUAAAAAAUCUAAUCUGUUUAAAACUACAGAUUUCUUUUUAUAUUCACAAACCAAUGAAUUUCUGAUAUCAUUAUAUCAUAUUAUUUCUAGAUAAUUUAUGUUUGGAACCAUUAAUUAAUACAUUAUUUUUAAUAAGGGAAUAAAAUACUGCUU